AUGCUGCAGUGUGACAACAAAGUGCCCUCAGCAGACGUCAAGCUGGCGACCGUAGCAGGAAAGAAGGGCAAGAAGGCUGAAGAGGAGGAGCAGCCUGCAGCACCUGCAGAAUCACCAGCACCAGAAGCAGCAGCAGCAGCAGCAGCCGUCACAGCCGCCGCCGCCACCACAGCCGCACCACCACCACCGGCAGCGGCAGAGGAGGAGGAAGAGGAGGAGUAUGUUGUGGAGAAGGUUUUGGACCGCAGAGUGGUUAAGGGAAAAGUGGAGUUUCUGCUGAAAUGGAAGGGUUUCUCAGAUGAAGAUAACACAUGGGAGCCGGAAGAGAACCUGGACUGUCCAGACCUUAUCGCCGAGUACAUGCAGAAACACAAAGAGAAGGAGGAGAAAAAGAAGGAGGGCAAGAGGAAAGUCACCAGUGAGGCCUCGGGAGACUCAGAGGAUCGAGGGAGCAAGAGGAAGAAGGAAGAGGGCGAGAAGGCAAGAGGUUUUGGUAGAGGUCUGCAGCCGGAGAGGAUUAUUGGAGCGACAGACUCCAGUGGAGAGCUGAUGUUCCUCAUGAAGUGGAAGAACUCAGACGAGGCAGACCUCGUCCCAGCCAAGGAAGCCAACGUCAAAUGUCCCCAGGUGGUCAUCUCUUUCUACGAGGAGCGUCUCACCUGGCACUCUUACCCCACAGAGGAGGAGGAGAAGAAAGAGGAAGAGAAAAAAGACUAGAUGAGUGGAGGUGGAGGUGCAAAGAGGAAAAGAAAGGAAGUGCGGAAGUGCAGGGCGGGAAAUCAACUAUGUGCUGGUGAACUGUUGUCCAGGUAAUUGAUUCUAGCAGCCACUUUGGCAGUGGAGAAAAGUGGAGAAAAUCCCAGAUCAUUAGGAUUGAACUGCCAAUGUAGCUGACAGAGGACAGAAGAAGGUUGUUUUCCUGCCCUGAAAGGAGACUGGUGUCCUUUCCUCAAAAGAUACUCCCACCUGUAUCUUGACUGAAAAUGUAUUCUUUUUUUUAUUCUUUUUUUUUUUUUUUUAAAGAGGUAUGUUAACACUUAGUCUCUCUUACUUUACGUUUUUCCCUCACCAAGAACAUGUCACUUGAUGGGAAUUGGUGCCUUUGUUCUGCUAGUAUUCCUCGUUGGCGUCACAAGCCCAAUAUUGAACUGAAUACAGUGAAAUGACCAUAAAAGAAUUUGUCUCCUACAUUUGGUGACAGGUGCCUGGUGUUGGAAAUACAGGAAUACACCGCAAGCUGUCAAGCUUAUCUCUUAAACAUGUGCAUUCAUGUGAGAAGCAAGCUGAAUGUUUGAUUGUGGCUGGCAAGUUUGUCUCUCCUCCCAAUCACCGGUUUAUAAGUCCUGUUUUAAAAAAAACAAAAAAACAUUUCGGUUGAAAAGAUGGUGAAAGCGCCCGAUGAAUUGUGGUGGCUAAGAGAGCACAAACUUUUCUUCUUGCUUUGUCAGGAUACAUUGGGGGGAACUUCUUUUGGAACGGAAUGAAUUGAGGAGAGGUAUUAUGGAGGAGUGAAAGAAUGGACAGAAAACAUUCGUCUCUCUCAGUAUCUGUGCCACUCUCUGAGUUCUCAUUAUUGCUGUAUGUAACGCUGUUCUCAGUUGAAACUUCAAAUGCCAAAUGACGACUGUACAUUUCACUCUGACGUGGGCAGAUUGACAAAGAGCAGUUGCAGUCUACUAGGGGUGUAACGUUACAUGACAUUCACAGUUCGGUAUGUACCUCGGUUUUCAGUAGAGCAGGGAAAACAUUUUUGUUAUUUAUUGUGAAAAAUGAUAACAGUAGCUCAUUAGUUCUGUUCAAUUCUUACUGUAACAGUAACUGCACUCAAAUACUGGCAUAUUGUCAAUAAGAAAAAAAUAACACAAAUGUCAGUAAUGCUCCAUCAUUAGACUCUGACCUGUUGAUCAUUGUUGAACAGCUUACAGAGCAGCACAAGAGACUGAUUAAAAUUCACAUGUGAAGGCACAGUGUAGCUGGGCUCAAGCACCAUAUGCUUAAAUCCUGUAUUUUCCAUCCAAGUAUGGUUGCAUAUCCACAUUAAUAAACACAUAGUAGUUAUAGUUGUUACUUUGGCACGGCCUGUAUCUGCGGUGAAAGGCUGCCGGUCUGUUUUCAUGUCUCGUUCUGCAUAUCGCCACGUUUGAUGGUGGGGGGGGCGGUCGUAAACGACACGUUUUAAAGUGUUUCCACAGAUGAAUCCAACAUCAGUUGAACAUCGUCUGCAUACAGUUUGCCGCUAAUCGCUGCCUGUUUAGCUUAAACUACCCAGGUAAGCAGACUAGCAUGCUACAGCUGGUGGACAACUGGUGCACUGCCAAAACUUUCCAGGUAAAACUCGGGCUCUAGAACUUCUGUUCCACGAGUGCGAGUAGGCAACAUAAAUAGGCUGUUUUGACAGUAAUCGUUUAGGUCACGGGUGUACUGAACCGAGGCACUCCCAUACCGAAAUGAACAUCCUGCGCCAAACGGUACGGGAUGCAUGUAUCGUUACACUCCGACAUUCUACGUGAGAAGACCACCAGUCGUUGCCUUGGCUUUACAUGUCCUACCAGCCAAUGUGGCAGCCAACCAGCCAGCACUUGAGUGUCCUGCAGUUGUCUGCUGAAACAGUUUUUUAAAAAGUCAUUCCAGCAACGGAUUAUGCUUUUUCCCAAAGCUACUUUGCUUUCUGUUUCAGUUUUUAAUGAAAACUAAGGAACUCGUCUGUAUUUUAUCAAACCGUCAGUUAAUGUUUGUGUGCUCAUUUUGUGGAGGUCCACAGGUAAACCUGUAGUUUUGCUUUCAAUGUAAAAUGUCCAUCUGCCUUAUUUCAUGUUACUCAAUCAUAUGCUUUCUAAGUAUUAAGAUAUAUAUAUAAGGGCAUAGCACUCUCCUAAUGUGUUUUGAGUUAUUUAUUUUUAAACCAUCAAUUACAAAAGUACUCAAUUCACCAGCUGUUUUCGCUGCUUGACUUGGCCAUUCCUACUGAACUUAUUUGUUUAGUAUGAAUCCCAUGAAUCACCUUCAAGCAAGGCUAGAAGACAAAUGACAACUUACAGAAGUAGUGAACCAUGUUUAAGUUUACUGAUUUGAGUUCAUUCACUGGCAGAUGAGGCUGCUUUGAUUCAAACCUUUCGUGCCAAUUUUGUGGAGUUACUUUAUGCUGGACGAGAGGCUGGUUGGUUACCUGCCAAAGUGGCUGGAGUGUACACACGGUGGCAAAAACAUCUGGCAGGUUGUACAUUUCCACACUGCUAGAGUGACGGGCACACUGGAUAACUUUAGAUGAAGAGUUACAUGAUUGUCAUAGCAGUUGGUGUUGUACUAGUUGAGACUCAGCGUCAGGAGUGGCAGUCCAAGAAUUCUGCCUGAGGAUGCUGAUGUGCCCUUUAAUAGGGCUGUGUAUUGGCUAGAAUCUGGUGGGUACAAUACAGGGGUUACUACUCAAUAUAUUGCGAUACUGUAAGUAUAAAAAGUUUUUUUAUGUAAUUUUAGGAAGACUGUCAGUGUAAAGAACAAAUCACCAUAUACAUAAAAUCUAAACUUUUUUUUUUUUUUAUUCCAGCAGAAUUUGUAUUUAUCCCAAUCUCUGUAAUAUCCAACAUCAAACUGAGAGGUUUACGUUUAUAACACUCGAUUUGAGAAUCAAUACAAUAUCACAGAACAAAAUAUUGAGAUUUCUGACACCCCUACCCUCCAGCCUGUAAAUUAGUGGGGCAAAGUGUUGAACCAAGUGAUGAUCAUUCAGACUGAAACACAUACAAUUAGAAUGAACAGGGUUCUCAGCUGAGAAACUGCAGGUUUUUACUUGAGCCAAACGUAGGUUGAAGGUGUGUUAGGCACUGAGCUCAGCUGUUUGACACUCUGAUGCAGGGUCUUAUAAAAUCAACCAGGCUCCUUGUUAAUUAUCCUUAUUGACGGUUAAUUGCAAGAGUAGGUAAACAAGCAUGCAUAAUAUAUUGAGCUGCUGCAACAGGCUUUUCUAAUUUGAGUAUAUUUGCUACUGGAGUAACACCUGCAGCAAGCCUUUCUGACUGAUGAUCAUCAAACAUGUUUCCAUGGGAAAUAAAGGCACCCCCUCUAACUCGUUGCCCUCAGUGUGAAGUUAACAGUCACAAAGUGAUUCAUGUGGACCAUCAGUUUGGGAACUGACCAGCCAGUCAGUGAAUUGUCGGCUGUACUUUGUACAUUCAUUUACUCUGGCAGCCACAUUGGAUCGAAACCAGCCAACAAGCUGCUUUGGCUGAUGGUGAGAGAGCCACCUUGGCUGGUAGGUGAAGGUUUCCUGAUGAGACUGCGGCUCACUCAGCAGUAGAUACAUGCUCCAUAACAGCCUCAGCUGGGUUUUAUUCCUAAUGGAGGAGGUGAUUAAACAUAUGUUUAAAAUCAUUUCCUCUCCCUUGUUUUAACCUUCACACACACUCAGCCACAUGUGUGUUUUUCUAGAUUGUAUUAUUUUAGCUUGUGCGGGCCGGGCAACACUCAAGACAUGAUGAUUCAGCACAUUAGAAGUAUUUCUGGGAUCCUCUUGCUUGCAGACCGUCCUUUGUUCAUAAAGUUUUGAUAUUUGCAUAAAUAAAACGGCAAAGGACUUUUGAAUUCAAUAUGAUUAGCAUACAAGAGGUCUUUCUCUGGUGUUUUCACUGCUGCCUGAUGUCUCCCUGUGUUUAAUGUGUUGAAUGUUGCCCGGCUGUGCUUAUUUCUAUGUGUACUGUAUUAAAGCUAGUGUAGUAGCUUCCUCUGUUAGCAGACCCGGGUUAGCUCUAGUUCAAAUCCCCUUCUCUGAUCUUACCCUUGGCUCGCCUUUUGCUGCUGGAGAUUAUAAGUGAACUGACCUUGAAGAGAAAAUUCCAUUGUGUUUUCCUUAUUAUAAUGAACCUCCAUUCAUGUCCAGUGGAUAUUGUUUUUGUGCUUCACCUCGUACUGCCUCAUGUCACAACACUUGAAACAGCAGCUAUUUUUAAAUAUUUAUGUUUUCUUACAGAAUGAUCAUUUGAAUGAGCCCUUACCGUGAGUGACAUGUUGUGGAAGAUGCACGAACUCAAAGCAGCAUAAAAACAGUCACGUUCUUUAAAUAAGCAACCACAGGAUAUGUAAACAUAAAAAUUCCUGCCCAAGUACUUCCUAUCAAAAGGCCAGAAGAAUAAACAGAAAGAAACACGGUCUUCUUUAGAGGCUGAAUUACAGGGCGGUCAAAGUGAGUUGGCUCAGCUGUAAAUAGUUUGUAGCAUUUGAAGUCAAACCUUUCUGACUCUAAAAUUUCUGUGCGAAUGCUGUUACUACUGUAUGUCGGCAUCUGUACGCUAGGUCUAAGCCUACCCUUUCUACUGAUCGGUUUCCACACAAAUGUAUUGUUCAGUAAAAUUACUGAAAUUACUUUGUAGAACUUCCGGCCUUUGGGGCGCUCUUAUAUCUUCACCAUGCACAUCAGUGUUACCAGAGUUAAAUGUGCUGCACGCUGACUGCCUUCUGUUAUACCUCACCAUUGACAGGAGGGGAUUGAAUUAGCCGCACCUGGUUCUGCUAGUUAGCUUUUUCUAUCUUGUCUCUGAAACCUUUAUCUGUAUUUAGCGGAUUAGCUUGUGUUGUCCUGUUGCAUGUUUAUUGGUUUCCCUUGCAAUGUCACUGUCAUGGCUGAUCUACUUUUUAAUUGUCUGUUUUGGACAAUAAAGGUUUUUCGUUUAUGUAA